AUGGUCAACUCCUGCUGUGGCUCUGUCUGCUCUGAGGAGGGCUGUGGCCAAGGCUGCUGUCAGCCCACCUGCUGCCAGCCCACCUGCUGCCGCCCCAGCUGCUGUGUGUCCAGCUGCUGCAGACCCAGCUGCUGUGUGUCCAGCUGCUGCAGGCCCUCUUGCUGCAUCUCCAGCUGCUGCCGCCCAUGCUGUGGCAGUUCCAGUUGUUGUGGAUCCAGCUGCUGCCGUCCCAGCUGCUGCAUUUCUAGCUGCUGCAGGCCUUCCUGCUGCCGCCCCAGCUGCUGUGUGUCCAGCUGCUGCAGGCCUUCCUGCUGCCGCCCCAGCUGCUGUGUGUCCAGCUGCUGCAGGCCCUCUUGCUGUAUCUCCAGCUGCUGCCGCCCCUGCUGUGGCAGUUCCAGCUGUUGUGGAUCUAGCUGCUGCCGUCCCAGCUGCAGCAUUUCUAGCUGCUGCCGUCCUAGCUGUUGCCAGACCACCUGCUGCCGCCCCAGCUGCUGUGUGUCCAGCUGCUGCAGGCCUCAGUGCUGCAUCUCCAGCUGCUGCCGCCCCACCUGUUGCCAGACCAGCUGCUGCCGCCCAGCUUGCUCUAGCAGUUCUUGCUGCUGA